ACACAAGGUCAUGUACGCCAUCAUCCAGCACCAUAGCAGCUGCAUCCCGGGGAAGAAAAAAUACUUUUUGAGUAUGGCUAAACGGAUGAUAAUGACCCUUUGUGCAGAAGAGUGAAGUACACGGGAAUGCACACAGUAAGAGUUCUGUGCCCCGGGUGCCAGCAACAUGGAGCAACACUGACAUCAUACACACUAUUUCAUCCAUUGUGAUCAUACUCAUAGUUGUGUCGAUGUCUGCGCUCACAGCAUCAAGUGAUCAUCGUCAAGGACAUUAUAAUACCAAACCCUCCCCGGUGACCAAAAACGUAUCAUUGAUGAGACAUAUUGUCUGAUUGCUUUUGGAUAAUGUGCAAAUCAUUUCGGUCAGCAUUUGAGCAUGGGACAAUUGGACGAUUUGAAAUUACGUUUAGAGAAAUGUAUUUGAAAAAAAAAAUCUAGAAAUGAUGCUUGCAAACUAGUCAUUCCAUUUCCAGUACUGAGUAAAAUUUAUCCAAAGUCUCAGUUUUACAGUACUCGUUAAAAAUAACUCUAAAGUAACCGAAAAAAAUAAGAUGGUUGCCAUGGGAACUGCUGUCUUCCUGUGCCAUUGCAUGGUUGCCGUGGUGAUGAUGAUGCUGCCGUACACGGAGGCUCUGAAUUACAAUGAAAUCAGUCAUGACGAGGGGCCCGGUUAUAGCUAUGCUGUCGAGGAUGGAGGUGGGCGCUUGGUUGGACAUGUACAAAAUUGGGCCACCCUCAUUCAAAAUUACAUCUUACAGUUGGCCAGUGACGGUCUGAAGACGGAGUACACCCAGAGUUACUAUGACAACGCCGACUACAUCCUACAGAAGAAGAACGCCAGCAACAUCGUGGCUCACGUCAAGAAACUGCUAGACAGCUACUUUGCCCGCAAGGAGGACGUUGCCAAGCGCAUUGCCAAUGCUGUCAAGCGGCUUCACGACGACAACUUGGGGAAGAUUGUCUACAGGUCACUCCCACAGAUGCCGAAGGAAGUCUACAGGGACUCGGACAUACCAGGCCGCUUGCCCAGAUUGGAGUACAAUGCCUACUUUCGGCAAGCCGUCAGUACCGAGUCUAGCACGGUCAAGAUCUCUGACGAGGUGCCACGUAAGAGCCAGGGCACGGUGAAUGCCGUCUACUACACCAAGGACCUGGAUGAUGUCUUCAUCAGUAACUUCAACAACGAUUCCUCGCUCAGAUGGCAAUAUUUUGGGUCGGUGGAAGGCAUCUUGCGCAAGUUCCCCGGUCGGGAGUGGCAUCGGAAUUUUGCGGGGUUCUACAAUGACUACGAUCCCCGUGUCCGCCCGUGGUACAUCACGGGAACCAGUGAUCCAAAGGACGUCGUCAUCAUGAUAGACUGCAGUACCUCCAUGCAGGGCAAGAAGUUUGAAAUCGCUGUGUCCGUCGUACGCAUCAUCUUGGACACGCUUACCAAGCAGGACUAUGUCAAUGUGAUCUGUGCUCGGGCGAGUCACUGGGACGAGGUUGGCGACUGGUAUCCCUUCAACACGACCGUCCUGAGUUGCAAAGAUGACCGUCUGGUACCCGCAACCACCGCCCAUAGGAAAGACUUGAAGGAGAAGACAGGGGAGCUAAAGCCACAAGGAACUAGCGAACUGAAACGAGGAUUUGAAAAGGCCUUUGAGCUGCUCUCUGGCAAAUCUCGCACCGGUUGCCAAGCCCUGAUCAUCUUGGUGACGGACGGCAAAGACACCGACGGAGAGACGGUCCGCUGUGGACCAGGUUAUUACACACGAAGCGGGUACGUGCCAGGACCCAUCUGCAAGUACGAUUGGCACAAAGUGUGGGACCGGGUGGACGAGUUGAAUGCUGCCGCCAAACCGCAGGCUCGCAUCUUCAGCUACGGCACGGUCGACGACGGCGAGAUCUUCCCGGGCCGCCUGGCCUGCAAGAACCGGGGCUACUUCAAGAAGCUGACGGACGGGGAGAACCUGAUCGGCAAGAUGCGGGACUACUUCAACUUCCUCUCCUCCAACUCCCAGAAGACCAAAGAUUUCGAGGGGAAGUGGACGGCGCCGUACAUCGACGCCUUCGGCUUGAAGCAGAUGGUCACGCACGCGAUACCUGUCAUCAGUGAUCGCACCGAGAAGCUUCUCGGCGUGGUCGGUGUGGACUGCCCCUUGGAAGAAAUUGAGAAUCUCAUCGUCAACGAGCAGUGGGGAUCCGUCUACGCGUUCCUGAUCGAUAACUACGGAGGAACGAUCUUCCACCCUCUCCUGAAGCCUAGUAGUGAUCUCCUGGAGGAUCCUAUUCUGGUCCCCAUCAGGCAGCUAGAGCAACCCAACGGCCAACCGGAAGAGUUCAGCGCCGUCAUCGAUGCCAUGCUGAAGGGAGAGACGGGGGACAUCGAGAUCAUGAAUGCCCAGCGAGGGGUUCCCAAGGGUAGUUUUUCUGACGGUGUCAAGCGCCAAGUCAUGCAGGCAACAUACCAUUACACCCACCUGGACAAAACUGACUACUCGCUAGCCUUCAGCCUGGCCAAAACCGACGAAAUUUUCCGGCGAGCCCAGGAGCCCAAAGACCGAUCGCACCUCCAACCGACCAGCUACUUCAACCUCCUGAAAGAAUACAACAGCACCCUUGGCAGAGCAGAGCUCCCAGGUGAAUUUGAAAAGAUGCAGGUGUUCUAUAACGAGCCCAAGUACCCCGACCUGCGCGUCUCCUACCUCUACUCCAGCUUCUUCCUGGCCCCCCGCUGCUACUGCGACCCCAACCUCUACCUGGUGGACGACGACCUGGCAGCCAAGACGGUGGCCGCCCACAAGUUCAUCAACAGCUACGAGCCGGACCUGGGCUGCCCCAAGGAGGACAAGAAGAACAAGUUCCACCGAGGCAUCAGAGCGGACGUUCUCAUCACGUCCCAAAUUGAGAAGAUCUGGCGAAGUCGCAACAAGAAGAUGCUGAAGGACGUGAAGUGGACCUACAUCGGAUGUCGCAGCGGGGUCUUCCGGACUUACCCGGGUCAUCGGUCCAAGAGAUACUACGACCCCACCAAGCGGCCGUGGUACCACCGCGUGAUCACCAACUCGGACAAGACAUCCAUCUCCACUGCCUACAUGGACUCAGCUGGCGUGGGCAAGAUCAUCAGCGUCUCGCAAGCCGUCUUCGAGGGGAUGCCGUCGGUGGACGAGGCACAUUGCAACCAGCUGGACGGCAAGAAGCCAGGCGGCUGCAAAUGCAGCACCGACGCUGACUGCAUUUCCGCCCGAUGCUAUAGGAGCAAGGCUGGAAACUUGUCGGACACGACGCGCUGUGCGUCGGUGAAGGUAGAGGCCGUCACGUCGCUGGACAUCCUGUACAACGACUUCCACAACAACGUGUUUGAGAUCAUGCAGGACGUCGACAUGCCGCUGUCCUGCCUGGACACCUACCCAUGCCCCGACGGGUUACCAGAUUGCAUGACGAGGUGCUACCUCUUCGACAACUCCGCCAACAUCGUGAUAGACCCCGAGUUCAUCCACAUCAGCGACCUGGACACGGCCAAGUACAACCGGGUCUCCCUGGGCAAGAAGGAGGGAGAGAUCAUGCGGGAGCUGAUCUACAAACACCGCUUCUUUGUGCGAACAGAGACAAUCGACUUCCAGGGAUCCUGCAGUCUCUCUUCCUCGUCUCCGAGGGUGAAUCUCAACGGCAUCGCCAAGACCCCUGGAGAGCUUGACGAUUACUACAAGAACAGGGGACCCAUUCCCAGCUUCUCCAACAAGUUUGGCUGUAUCCAGGAUGUGGUGGGUUACCAGGCCAACAGCUCGGUCCUCGAGCCAAGCGGCAUGAUCAUCGGGAACAUUUCCGGUGCCUGCAAGUCCGGUUUCUACUACGUGACGGCUCUCCCCAAGACCAACCUUUUCCUCCUCGUGGUCGAGAACUGGAGGAAUUACAGAGAGAGUCUGUUCUUUAACUUCAACUGUCGCAUCACCAACAGAGUAUCUGCAACCGGCGCCUUCCGCAUCAUCAACGGCACCUGCGCCCACGAGGACGUCUCGGCCUCGUUGGCCAGUCUGAACCGCUGCCCAGUCCCGACCAACUACGAGAUCACCAACUGUACUUACAACACCGCAGCGCCCGCCGGGGGCCAAUCAGCUUGGAGUCUGUCGCUUCUCCUUGGCUUGGGGUCCAUUUGCCUCCUGGCACCCUAGACCCUGCUGCGGCACAUCAGUCAGGGACCAACUCCAAGGAACGGUAAGUUCAGAAGUUAGGUAAGCGCCGACUGUUUUCCAAGGCUCCGAAUAGAUUACAAGGCAGGUGGUCUCUUUUGGGUGGCUUUUUUAAAUGUGAAAAGUUUGCACUUGGAUUUUCGUACAAAGUGCAAAAUAGUUGCUGAACCUAGACAGCGGAGCCACAAACAGAUCAUUGAUUCGGUGAGGUCCAUAAUCCUUAAACCAAAUUAUGAAAAAAGUAUUCAGAGACGUCAUACCUCCUGGAACUUAGGGCCUGUUUGCUUCAUAGGGAUCUGGAUCUCAAUCAGUGAUCCCAAGCCGGUUCGCGCUAUCCAUUAGGCAGGUUCUGGUGUCAGUGAACCAGUGACAGAUUACUGAUCGCGAUCCGUAUCCGUGGUGAAACAAACAGGCCCAGUUAAAGGUAGAUGGGGAACUACAGGGUAAUGUAGGUAGCACAUCGACCAGUGAAAAGUCCUUUCUUGGAGACAAGCGGUCGUACACUGUGCUGUCAGUCACUCCUCAUAGCUCAACUACUUGUCUUUUGAAUGUAAAUUUUAUUCAUUUAUACAAAAAAAAAUGUAUUCGGGUUGACAGGGUAGAGCGGUGAGUCGUUGAGUGGAUUGGAGAAUGUUAACGGAGAAUAUGUGUUGAUUUGAUCGCGCACCUUACGUGUCAAGGUGAGAAAAGUCUUACUGUGGCACAGUAGCCCGGCGUCUAAAAUCUUGACAUUUUGUUGGCGUUUAACCCUCCUGCUUUUGUGAUAUUGCCGGAGAGCCAUUGAGGGCCGUUGCAGAGCUUUCACCUCCGACUUUUGGUGCGACAGUUUACAGUAAGAUAGAGAAGGAAGGCAUUCCAGCAAAGGGAGUAGUUUAGGCCGGCUGGGAGCCAGCGAAUGAACGGGAGAGCGUGAAAGAAUAGAACGGGAGGGUUACAGAUGAAACUAAAUUGGUUUAUGAUUGGUUCAAACGCAUUACUCACAUCAGUACUGCGUUCCGACAUGAAAACAAACUCCACAAGAGCAAGAUUCAUUACCCAAGUCACUGCCAGCGGUUUUUACCGGAGAGAGAAGUUAUUAUGAGCUUGUUUUGAAAUGCGUACUUGCCAAAAGAGAUCAAAGCAGGUUUCAUUGUUGUAGAUGUCAUCAUCUGGUAACUUUAGGAGUAAUUAUAGAAUUCAUUUAUAUAUUUGUUGAGCAUUUAUAUGGGUCAAGCUUUUUGAAAGUAAACUCAGAAGGUCUUCAAGUGAUUGUGAUGUGCAUGAAAUGUGCACACGAACUCCUACUUUGUGGGCGCAUUGUGAGAGGCUUGGCAUUCAUGACUUGCCCUAAGCUUUAAUUUCUUGCCAACAACCAUUGUAUCUUUCAGUUAUUUAACGAUCAGUUGAAUUUGUAAUUCCAAAUUUUGUACUUAAUUUAUUGUGUUAGUUGCCAAACGUACCGUGCAAUUCCGUAACGGUUUGAAGUUUGUCGUACCAAGAAGCGCAUUUGAUACCAUUUUGUACUGCUAUUUAUUUUGUAGGUUGCAUUGUAGCUAUGUAACCAUCAUUCUGCCGGAGAGUAGGUUUUUAACAUCCGUGUAUGUCAUCGUGUAAUCAGGCUCCGUCGAAGACUUUGGUUGCACUUAACGUGACCCCGCACUGCACUUUCCCUUCCCUGACAAAUGAAAACCAUAUUUUCACAAUCUCAAGAUUUUCGAAAAUGAAAGCCGACAGUUUAAAAGAAUGCACUAAAGAAAAGUUUCAGUUUUUGGCCAAAUGCGGAAAUUAACUUAGUAAUUAUUUCGGUUGAUUUGCACUUGUCACUUUCUGCCAGUGUUAGUUACAUUUUAUUAAGUAGUUACUGUCCGUGAGCAGUGUUGCAGUCGGAGACUCAGAGCUGUCUUCAGUGCAAGACUUGAAGAAAGCCUAAAUAACAUGGUGUCAUAUGAAAUGUCAACUCUCAUUAACUCUGUCCCUUUUCUUGUGGACUUCCAGCCUGUGAAGUCAUGUGCCUCACGGUCUGUGAGCCCCUUUUUUCACCACGUCCAAAUCUUAUUGUACACCGGGCCUAACUAAAGCCUAGGGUCCAUCCCAGACUUUUUGUUCUCAAAUCGAAGUCUUGAUGGAGUCUGGACUCAGACUGGUGACUUUUUAGCACCUUUUAAAAAUGGAAUUCGAAGAGCAAGUUAGAUCUUAGUUGAGCAACUCGGGUGUGGUGUCACAAAAAAAGUUGACCCCUUUGAAAUCUGUCCUCUGUGGCGUUUUUUUUUGUAUUCUGUCCUUUAGUGUGAGCCGUCCUUAAUCUAACCUUGUCCCCAAGGCAUGGGCAGUGCAAAUAAUGCAAACCAUUGAGUCCAGAUUUCGUUGAGUUCAUUAUUUCGCGCUAUAACAGAACGACCUCAUUCGAUCCGCUCAAGAGAGCUUUUAGUCUACCUGCGGCUGUUCUUUCCCAGGUCAUGGUCAAGAUCUCGACCACAGUCUUGGUAGAGUCACUCACGAAUGUACUUAAUAUAGAUCUUGUGCAAUUGGAAUCACAUUAUCCGCAAUGGUUAUUCCUUUUAUUUGUUUUAAUUUAGCAAUUUGUAACUUACGGAGAGAAGUGACUAAUUAGUUUUCCUUUCCUAAAAAGUAAUUGUUGUUUGUUCAAUUGUAUUUACAUUUGUGCUUGACUAGUGAUCGAUCAGUUGUUCAACUGGUAUCGAAGAGCAAUAUGCCCAUUAAUUUAACGAUGGCUGUAGUAUUUUGUGGAAGACUUUUCGAGUGUUUUAGUGCAAUAAACAUGAACCUGAACGAUAAACCUGAA